AUGCCACUUUCAUUACCACCACCAUAUUUAUCACAACAACACCACUCGAAUGGCAGCAAUAAUUAUCAUCAAGAAGCCACUAGCUCUAAUAUAACUGGCAAUAAUACUGAUAUGGCUCUUCGACUAGCUAAAUUAGAAAAUAAAGUUACUAAAUUUGAAACAUUGUUUCAAACCUUUAGUUCUCAAUUGGAUAAAUAUUUUAAGAAAUAUGAUACAAUGAUGGAUAUUCAACAGAAACAUUUAUCUUCUUUGACUUAUAUUGUCAAGAAUAUGAUGAAGGAUGAGGCAAGGUAUUACGAAGUUAUGAACGAAAAAUAUUCGGAUAUUAUUAAUGGAGUAGAGUCUUUAAAAUCGGUUACUUCUACUGAUUUCCCAUUAUUUGCAUCUUCUUCCUCUAAUCCCACCCAUAAUAACACGACGACUAAUUUAGAUAAUAUAUUAUAUCCGCCAGUAAUACCCCCCUCACAACAAUCUCAAGUUAUGGGUAAAGAUUCUUCUUCAUUUUUACAUGAUGUAGGUUUUCCUUUUAGAACUAAUUUCUCUGAAGAAAAUACAAGACAAAAUAAUAUCACCAUUAAUAAUAAUAAUAAUAAUAAUAAUAAUAAUAAUACCAAUCAUAUGCAUAAUAACUCCAAUAGUAAUGCCACAAUAAACAGAACCAAUUCAAAUUCGGAUGCUAUUCUAGAUUCAUUAAAUUCCAGCACAUAUACAGAUUCUACUACAAUUGCAGCUAAUACCGCGGGUGCACCAAUUGAUAAUUCUGAUUUCAGAUCAUCUUUAUUAGUAAGGUCAGAAAUUAAUGCUAAUGAUGGUGCUAAAAGUAGUAACAAUUACAAUAACGAUACCAAUGAUAAUAGCAACAGCAGCGGUGCUACAGCUACUACUACUAAUACUACAACUACAACAGCUACUACUACUAAUAACAAUGGUACUGUUGGUACUAACACUAUUGGUAAUACAGAUACUACUAAUAGUACAAUCGCGACUAUCACCACUAAUAGUGACAAUAAUAACAAUAAUAAUGAUAACAAUAACAAUAAUAAUAGGAAUAAUAAUACUAGUGCUACUGUUAAUAUUAAUGUGAUUGACGGUAAUACUAACGAUAAUAUGAAUAAAACGAAUAAAAUACCAAGAUAUAAACCUUUGAGAAAUGAUUUUUUACCACCAAUAAAUAAUACCAACAACGAUAUUAACAACAAUGACAAUAAACAUUAUAAUAAUGGGAUUACAACAAGAUUUCCGAUGAAAAUUAGUACUUCAACCAAUAAUUUUCCGGACUUGGAUACAACUCCAAUAAAGAGAUCAUUUCAAUUGCUCAAUGAACCUAUAAAUGGACUGGCACCUAGUGCAACAAAUCAAAGAAACCCAAUGCAUUUCAUUCGAUCCAAAUCCAAUAGUAAUGCUAAUAACGAUGGUAGCAUACUUGGUAAAAUUAGUGAAGAUGGACAUAAAGAUAGCAAUAAAGCCCUUAAUAAAGGCCAAAGCAACGAUGACCAAAAACAUAACAAAGAUAUAUAUAAAACUAAUCCUAAACGGAAUGGCAAUUUAGUUAGAAUCUCUAAUCUUCCCAUAGAGCCAAUACAAGGGAUUGCAAACAAAAACAAUAUUACUGGUAAUAUUAGCAGUAAUAUUACUGGCACGACUACGGAUGCAAAGCCUAAUAAUUAUAUCAAUAGUAAUAUAAACUCUUCUUCUACAUCAAAUUCCACAUCAUCUUCCUCCCCGGUUACAUUAAAUUUUGAGGAUCCUAACUUGCAAGAGGAACUAUAUGUUACUAAGAAGGGAAUGCAUAAAAAAAGGAAGUUAUAUAUAGGCACUUUUAAAUUUUUGAGUUCUCCGAGCAGUGUUCUAGAAAUAUGGCAAGAAUAUAUGAACGGGUGCUAUGGACAGCCUAGUAUUAAGGACAUGGAAUUAACUUAUCAUACUAGCUGGAGAAGGAGUGCUGCUGUGGCUAAACGUUUUAGUAGGAGGAAUGUACUGUAUAAAGCUAUUAAAAAAGGAUUACAAAAGGGUUUAAGUUUAAAUGACUGCAUUCUCAUUUUGGAAAACGCCAGAAUUAUCCAUGAUAACAAGAAUAACAAAAAAAAUGCUGGUUCUAGUGAUAGUAAGAACAAUAAUGGUAAUCAUAGGAAUGAUGAUAAAUAUCCACACAACAUACUAGAUUCAAAAGACGAUAGUGAUGGAAGAGGGAAAGUUCGGGGAAAUAAUGGCAGUAAUGAUGAUGAUGGGGAAUAUCCAAAAAAUAAGGAUCGAGUCGUUAAACAACCGAUAGGUUGGUUAUGUAAUGCACAAAACAUUCCUGACAUUUUGAAAUAG